AGUCAUCCCCUCUGAGAAAGAAAAAGGUGACAUAUAUUUUUAAAAAAAAGUCUAGUGCCAUUACAUGGGCAUCGCCUGUGUUUCCUCUUCCUCUGAGUGAGCCUGCCCAGCUCCAAUUCCAAAUCCAGCUGUUCUCUUACUUUUCUUGAUCAAGGAGGGUUCUUCCCCCAUGGGCACAUCAGACCGAUUCUUCUGCAGGCAGAGAACUUUUCAUCAGAUUCUCGGUGGCGGUCUUGCUGCCGAUGUCAUUCUAUGGAGGAGGAAGAAUGUGACACUGGGGAUACUGCUGGGGACAUUAGCUGCUUGGGUGGUGUUCGAGAGAUCUGGUUACACUCUGCUAUCACUUGUCUCCAGUGUCCUGCUGCUCCUCACCACAAUCCUCUUCCUUUGGGCCAAAUCUGCAGCACUUCUCAAUCGGCCUGCUCCACCGCUACCUGACUUACAUCUCUCAGAAGAUGCAGCAAAUUAUUUGGCAGCUCUUGUUCGAACUCAUGUAAAUGCCUUGCUGUCGGCUUUCCAGAAAAUAGCCCUGGGUAAAGACUCGAUGAUGUUCUUCAGAGUGGCAGGAUGGCUUCUGUUGAUAUCUAUUGUUGGUGGCUUGACCGAUUUCCUCACACUAGGAUACACGACCCUUUUCCUUGUACUGACCAUACCGGCUCUCUACGAGAAGAAUGAAGAACUUGUUGACAAGUGUGUUGGCAUGUGUUAUUGUAACUUGCAGCAGUUGUAUGCGAAGUUAGAUAGCAGAGUUCACAAAUGGAAUAUGGAGAAGAGAAAGUUAAGCUGAUUCCAUAUUUUCGUUGCAUUCCUUCACACUACCUCAGAAACUUUUUUUCACGUGUCCUUCCUUUACGUUGCUUCUUUGGCGAUGCUCCUGCUGGUCCUUCCAUGGGGCUAGCAUGUGCAAGUUUUGGCAUCUAUCCUUCCUUUGCGCUGCUUCUUCAGCUACCCUCCUGCUGGUCUUUCCAUGGAGCCGGCAUGUGCAGAGUUCCUUUACGCUGCUUCUUUGGCGAUGCUCCUGCUGGUCUUUCCUUGGGGUUGUGCAGGGUUGGUAAUUAGAUAAUGCAGACAUUACUUUUUUCCGUAAAUUUUCUGUCAAUAUGCGAGACUGUCCUAGUGCCGAAGCUGAGUAUAUGUCUUUGUUGUGAGUUUUUUACUCUUGAUCAUGUUGGAAAUUUCGUAUUUUAUCUCUUUUACUACACUU